UAUUAGUCGACAUGUGAAAUUUGUCCCACACAUUUAUCCCUUACGCCAACAGUCCACAUGCAUGCAUGAAACUAAAUAUCCGCAGCCUGGGAAACAAUUUCAGCCUUCCCCUCCACUAUCUCUACCUAGUUUAAAUUCAAAUAUUUCAACCCCACCUAUCCCCUCUCCUCAAUUUUCGGUCGUCCCUAGUCUAUCUCCCUUAUCCCAACCAACAGCUUUUUCCCCACCACCCAUAUCCUCACUCCAUCCAAUUAUUCAAAAUUCCACUUCCUAUACAUCUGCGACCAAUAAUAAUCCACCCACUCCACCCCAUAAUUCCAACUCCCACCUUUUUUCCAACCAUCAACCAAAUUCAACUCCCCCCAUGCAGAAUACGUCCACUUCCGUCACCAUCCAUACUCCUAAUAAUUCCACCCAUGCUACGGAUAACACCUCUCUUCAAAUGACAGCUACUUCCCCUCCGUCAUCAUCUAACUCACAGAUUACCCCUCCCCGUCCUACCCGUAUUCGAGCUCCAAAUCCCAAAUAUUUCGGUAGUCCAUUUGUCAACCUUACCACACGGCAUCCCGUGUCCACCACCCUGGAACCAGCAAGUGUGAAGGAAGCCUUACGUGAUCCUAGAUGGCAAUCUGCUAUGGAGGAAGAGAUGGCUGCUCUCCGUAGAAAUCAAACUUGGACGCUAGUUCCCCGGACGUCUCAGACACCCAUAACCUGCAAAUGGCUAUUCCGAAUUAAGAGACAUGCAGAUGGCAGUGUUGCUAGAUUCAAAGCCAGGCUUGUUGCUCGUGGAUUUCUUCAACAACCGGGCCGUGAUUAUGCUGAAACCUUCAGUCCCGUCACCAAGCCGGCAACUAUCCGCAUUAUCUUAUCCCUUGCACUCUCUAGACAAUGGCCCCUGCGCCAACUGGAUGUCAAUAACGCCUUCCUUCAUGGCUCUCUUUCAGAAGAAGUAUAUAUGGUUCAACCCGCCGGGUUUGUCGACUCCGCACAUCCCAAACACGUGUGCCGUCUUCACAAAGCGUUAUAUGGACUCAAACAAGCCCCACGUGCUUGGUAUUUGGAAUUGUCACGAUUUCUUAUCUCUACGGGGUUUCGCAAAUCCCGUGCUGAUGCCUCUCUUUUCAUAUAUGCUCAUCAUGAUGUCCUCUUAUAUUUUCUUGUAUAUGUAGAUGAUAUUAUACUCACAGGGAAUAAUUUGCAAGCCAUUAAUAAGUUCGUGUCUCAGCUUACUCAUCGGUUUUCUGUGAAAGAUCUUGGGGCCCUUCACCAUUUUCUCGGCGUGGAGACUAUAACCCACCCGGAUGGCAUUUUUCUGUCACAACGACAAUAUAUUCUACAUAUUCUUGAUGAGUACAAACUGGAUGGUGCUAAGGAGGUUGCCACCCCCAUGAGUUCAAGCUCGCCUCCACUUCUCACUGAUGGACAACAUGCUGCCGAUGCCUCCAAUUACAGAAAGGCACUUGGCCUAUUACAAUAUCUAGCCUUCACACGCCCGGAUAUAUCGUUUGCUGUGAAUCGUCUCUCACAAUUUAUGCAUGCUCCGACAAAUAUGCAUUUUCAAGGGGUCAAACGUAUUCUCCGGUAUCUAAAGGGAACCAUUAACUAUGGACUCUUUAUCAAACGGUGCGCUUCUCUCCCGCUAACAGCUUUUUCGGAUUCUGAUUGGGGAGGUAUUAAUGAUGGUGGUAAGUCUACUACGGGAUAUGCUCUUUAUCUUGGUUCGAAUAUUAUCUCUUGGAAAUCCGCAAAGCAAAAGACAGUUGCUCGGUCAUCCACCGAAGCUGAGUUUCGGGCAGUUGCAAAUGCUAGUGCAGAAGUCUUAUGGAUACGGAAUCUACUUUCAGAAAUCGGAAUUCGGCUGCCUACCACUCCCCGGAUUUUCUGUGACAAUCAAGGGGCUACCCAUGUCUGUGUUAAUCCCGUGUUUCAUUCUCGUAUGAAACAUGUGGCCCUUGAUUUCUUUUUUGUCCGUGAUUUAGUUGAGAAUGGUCAACUUAUGGUUCAACAUGUCUCAAAUAAAUUCCAAAUAGCUGAUAUUCUAACAAAGCCACUUGGGAAGUCUCUCUUUGAACACUUUCGGUCCAAGAUGGGCGUUUCCGAUGGAACCUCCAUCUUGCGGGGGCGUAUUAAAGCAUAAAUUAUAUUAUUAUUAUUAUUAUUCUAUCAGAUAAUAUCAUAGACGUACUAGUCAAUUGUAUAUAUUAGCUCCUAGUCCGUAGCUAUAUCCUUUAUAUUAGCUAGGCAGUUAGCUUGAGUUUAUCUCUUGUACGUGUAUAAAUGUAUCCCAAGUUUACAUCAUAAUGAUUAAUACAAUCCAAC